CAUCAAGAAAAGUUUUAUGGCAAAAGGAAAAUAAACAAAAUAAGAACAAGUAAAACAAGUUGAAGUUGUUGAUAAGAAAAUAAAAAAGGGGAAAAAAACAAAAGUAAUUGAUGAACCAGUUGAAUAACCAGCUUCACCACCAUAAUCACCUGUUAAAAAAGGAAAAAAAUAAUAAUAAGAAAAAAAACCAAAGGCUACAAAAGAAAGAUUUAGUAAUAAUUAAUUUGAAUUUAGAUAAACUUUAUUAUCCUGAAGUUCCUAAUGAAUAAUUUCCAAAUUAAUUACAACGAAAUGUAAUCAAUGUGAUUAGUUCAUUUGGAACAUCUGCACCAUUAAAAGAUAUUACAAAUAAUCUUAGUUUAUUUUACACAAAUUCUGUUAAUGAAUAAGUAGUUCAUAAUUUUUUGGCUUAAGCUGAAGAAAGUGGAAUAAUUUAUGAAAGAUCUGGUCAAUAUCAUGUUUCUUAAGAAUUAAUUCCAUCAAAAGUAGUAAUAUGAUUUAUAUAAUUAGCCUUAACCAAAAUAAGUUGUAUCUCAAAGUGUUGAAUAAGAAGUUUAACCAUAAUAAGGAAUUGAAUCUGCUGUUAAAUAAUAAUUAGAUAACGACUAAAUUGAUUUUGAAGAUUAAAAUUAAAACUUAGUUAGUGAGAAAAAAGAUGGUAUAUAUAUUCUUAAUCAAAGAAGCUCUUAAUGAUAAUGAUGAGAAUCAAAUUAUGUUUGAAUGACGAU